AUGGACGACGAGGACGGGGAAACGGGGGAGGCCGAGGACGGAGGACGGGGCGAGGCGACCAUUCGGAGAAGAAGUGGACGAGUCUUGCCGUUACUGAAGUCGACGCUGAAGCUGGUUCUCCAAACGGCGCAUCGCACGAGACUCAACAGUUCUUUGGCGACGGAUACCGAAACGUGCCCGAAGACUCACAAGGUGAUCGACGCGGUGAGCAGCGAGCUGGAAGGGCACAAGAACCACUUGGACCACCUACGCCACGGAUCCGCGGAGGACAAGAAGAGGUUGAAGGAGAUAGGCUCCCCCGCGCCCGGCCUGGGCCUUGCGGCCCUGGAAGGAGCACUCAGCUGCGACAUCGGGGGGGCGCUGCGCAGCGAGAUCGAGGACUACCUGAAGAAGGCAGACCCCCCCGACGAGAAUAUGGAUCCAGAAAUCACGAGGGACGAUCUCGCCGAGGAGAUCAGCUUCAUACGGCUCGAGAAUUGCUUCGACACGGAGAAGAUGAAACUUACCAUUGGAGCUCCCGAGUGGGGAGGCAGGAAGUUGCUCAUGAGAGCUUCCCGUUCAAAGGGCACGGUUACACACCACCACGGGGUAGCGCCAGCGGGUUGGCUCGAGGACGAGUCCCUGCGGCGCCUCGAGGCCGGCGCGGCCCCGGGCGGCGCGGCGGCCCCGAGGCGUGCCAGCGGCCGGCCGCCGCGCGCUUCGUGCGCGUCUCCGGGUCGCCGCCGCCCCCGGCGGGCUCCGGCGAGCGGCGGGCCAGCGCGCAGAUGGCGUGCCAUCGGAAGACGCCCUGGUGCUCGCCCAGCUCCCGCCGGUCUCAUGGCUCCCCGUCGCCGGCGACGCCAGUCAUGUCUUCGAGGUCGUCCAGCUCAUUCGCAGCGUCUCCUGGGCCAUCCAG